UUAGUUUGAUUGUUCCACUUUUUUAUCCAACAACUUUGAUCAUUUCAUACAUGCCUCUUAUUAACUUAUAAAUGCAAAAUUCCAAAUCUUAUUUUAUUUUGUAUACAUGUCAAUAAUAGAGUAUAUUUAUUUCCCCUAGCUUAUAAUAAAUAUUUCAAUUCAAUAAAAAAUUUUCACUGUUUCAGAUACAUUCUUUUUUGUAAUAAAAAUAAUACAUCUGCAUAUCCGCGUACAUAAUGAAAUAAUAUUUUAACUUGCGUAAUAUAGCAUUUAACCCAUUAUAGUGCACGCAAUAGUAAAGUUUAAACUAUCGAUAUACCAAUCUUUGAUACAACUACGCAAUGGUUAUGUGGUAAAUGGUGAUAUAAAAUGCUCGAAGAUUAAAAAUAUAAAUAAAACCCUUAUUCUUCCAUAAUGUAAUAACGUAAAUUGUUUAAAAAAUUUACUCAUUCAUGGGUUCAUUAGAACUUACCAGUAAGAGAGCUGAACAGAAAAUUUACGCGGGAAAUGUAUCAAACAAUGUUUCAAUGUCACUGCGACAUAGCAGUAGCGUGUAAUCAUACUAAAUAUAAAUACGAUAUUUUUAAUAAUUAGUAUUUCAUAUAUUUCAUAUAAGAAUAAAACAAUUCAUUACUACAAGUAACGUAUUUUUGUAUUUUCUUAAGGCAAAUCUUUGUUUCUACUAAUAAAAAUGACUACUUCUGCUUGCAAAUUGUAUAAGAGACCAUUUACAGUAUGCAUAGAGGGCAAUAUAGGAAGUGGUAAGACAACAUUCUUAAGUCAUUUUAAACAAUUUAACAAUACAACCGUUUUGCAAGAACCAGUAGAACUUUGGCGAAAUGUUGCUGGAACAAAUUUAUUGGAAUUAAUGUACACAAAUCCUAGACGUUAUAGUUUCUUAUUCCAAUCCUAUGUACAAUUAACAAUGCUGCAACUUCAUACUUACGAAUCUGGAAUGCCUUAUAAAAUUAUGGAAAGAUCAGUAUUUAGCUCGAGGUGCUUUAUAGAAACUAUAAAACGUUCUAAACUAUUACAAGAUGUGGAAAUAAUGGUCUUAGAAGAUUGGUAUGACUGGUGUAUACAGAAUGCUAAUAUAGUAACGGAUUUAAUAAUUUAUUUGAGGACAUCGCCGGAUGUUGUAUAUCAGAGAAUGAAAACAAGAGCGAGGAAAGAAGAAAAUUGUGUAUCAUUAGAAUAUUUACAGCAAGUUCAUAAUAUUCAUGAUGAGUGGCUUUAUCAUCAGACACUAUUUAGUGUACCAGCACCAGUUUUAAUAAUAGAUGGAAAUAAAAGUUUACAAGAAAUGGUCACACAAUUUGAAAAUUGCAAAGACUUAAUUUUUGGUAAAAAGGGGGAAAAAAAGAAUUAGAAAAGAAAGAAAAAUAUGUUACAAAUGUACGUAUGUAUUAGUUGAAAAUAUUUUUUGUAUUUCUUAUAUAUAUUACUUCUUUGAAUUGCUUAUAUAUAUUAAUUGUACAUUAAUCGCAUAUAUUUUCUAGUUGUAUAUAUAUAAAAAUAUAAUAUAAUCAUUUUAAGUAUACCUGUAUGUACAGAGAAAGAGAAAGGGAAAGAGAUAAAGUCAAUCGUUUUAUAAUGAUUAUAUAAUAUGACAUAAUUGUGCAUUUAACAUGUUGACGCCGGCGCCAAUAUUCAUGGUUUUCUUCGUGGGACGGCACCUGAAUUCGCUGUCUGUUUCGUGGGGCGGCAUCCGAAUUCACUGUCUGUUACGUGGGGACGGCGCUGGGUCGCAUUGAAAAAUAGUAAAUUAAAGCCAGACUCUAUUUUUUUUUUAUAAUGAUGCUAAAAAGGGGAUUAAUCUAUCCGAUCAGAUGUCAUUCUAUUAUAGUUGUUUGUGCAGAACCAUGGUAUGGUAUAAAACCAUGGAAUGGUAUAAAAAAGUUGUAAUGGAAUUAAUAUGUAGGACUUGCCUCGUAAAGGUGUGGUAUGUACAUAGAAAAUGGGAUACUAAAAGUAUUAAAAUUUCGCGAAAAAAUUACUUAUUACCUUUUAAAUAUGAUGAAUCCCCAUAGAGAAGAAAUGCCAAGUGAAAAUGUAGCAUUGCCCAAAAAACAUUCACAUUUUCUGCAUUCGUACCAAGGGUCCGCGAGCAAAACGAGACGGCGGUGUAAAGAAUGUUACAAACGUAUUUGUAGAGUAAAAGGUAGAGAGUAUGCCUUGAAAAGAGCCAAAAAAGUAACAACAUAUUGUGAUCGUUGUAAGGACCAAUCGACACUUUGCCUAACUUGUUUUAAAAAAUUACAUGAAGAAAGGAAAUAAUUAUAUUAAGUUUAUAAUGUAUACGUGUCACAUAUAUAUAUAUAUAUGUGUGAAACCCAUCGCCGCCCCUCGGAACAGACACGAGCGAUCCGCCGAUGAAUCGCGCCGCCUCACGGAACAUACACGUGAGACCCGCCGAUGGGUCUCGCCGGCGUCAACGUUAAUGUAUAUAUUAAAUAAUUGCAUUUAAGGAAAAGAUGGAUUUCUGAACACUAAGCAGUAAAAGACUAUACAUAGUUGCUAAUGCAAAACUGCAGUUAUCUUAAGUAAAGUAGCAAUCGGCGGGGAUAGGAGGGGAUAAGAGAUGGGCAAAUAGAUAUGCUAAGGAUAAGAUAUUUGUACCUGGAAAAUAUAUAUCUACAUAACCGUCUGUCGCGACUCACGGUACUAUCCGCGACUUUGCCCUCAGUUUUCCUUGCCCGUGGAACGCCCACUUAUGCUGCUUUAUAGUGAUAUUUGCAUUAAUUGUAUGUUGUUCGACGAUAACUACAUGCAUAAUUAAAAUUAAUGUUAUUGUAAGAUUAGAAGAUUAUAUUAUAGGAUUGUAUUACAAUAAAUAUUAUAUUAUAUUCA